AUGGCCAAAUUAUCCUGGGGCCACAUCAAUGUGAAUGUGACCAGGCUGGAGGAUUCAAUCGCUUUUUAUGAGUUAUUGGGCUUCAGCGUCCUGAUGCCGGGCAUUCCCUACCUCAAUCUGAAUCAGGCCGAACCGGAGAUACUCAACCCAGAAGCCGCGGUUGCCCUUGACGUGCCCCUGGAAACCACAGGCCGCGCCUGCAUCAUGCAAUUGGAUCGUGGCUUUCCCAAGCUGGAUCUCAUCGAGUGGCGAGACACAGGGGCAAAGACCGCUGCACCUCUGCUGAAUCAGGAUAAGGGCAUUGUCAGAAUGUGCCUGGCCAGCCAGAACCUGGACCAAGAUUACAAAGAAUUAGUUGAGGCUGGUGUGCCGUUUUUCUCAGCACCGAAGCGCACCGAAGAAGGCAAAGCAGACAUCGCAAUCUGUCUGGACCCAGAUGGCACGCUCAUCGAGAUCAUUCAGAUCUAUCCGGAUUGCCGCCGCUGGAUAAAGGAAGUGCUACCUGACAGAGCGACUGGUAUCUUUGUUGCCGAUGCCGCCACUCGAGAUGCACAGAUUGAUAGCACUUUGGGGGCAAGUAUUUUUUACGCCGACCCACGAACCGAAACGCCUUUGUCUGAUGCCGGCGAGGUCAAAGAAUAUGUUGGCAUGUUCUCAAGGAUGGCGCCGGGGAUGCCAGUAUCCGUUGUGGGCACCAGCUCUACUUUAAAUUUCAUCCGCGCAACCGUCCGGUUUGGCGAAGGAGAUCAGAGUCAGCUUGGUCAAUACGUCAUCGAUCUGGAUGCCGCGGGUCAGAUUACUCAAAUGGUCGGCUUUGUUGGUGUGACAGAUGCAGUAGAUGCCAGAUACAGCAAUGCUGCAUCACAGUUUCUCGCGCUUGGUGACAACGGCCGUGUACAUUUUCGCGACCAGGGCAACGCUGAUGGGCAGCCAGUUGUACUGGUGCAUGGCUCUAACGCAUCCCUGCACACCUGGGAGCCGUGGGUUGAUUUGUUAGGCGAUAAGUAUCGCGUCAUUUCUCUGGAUUUGCCCGGCCAUGGCUUGACCGGACGAACACCCGCCGAUGACUAUUCAACGGAGACCUUUGUCGCCGUGGUUAAGGCGCUGGCGGAACACCUCAACCUUGGACCGUUUGUAUUAGGCGGCAAUUCCAUGGGCGGCGGCGUCACCUGGCGCUACACCCUGGCAUACCCUGAUGACGUACUGGCUAUGAUUCUGGUGGAUGCAUCAGGCCUGCCUGCGUGGCGCGAAACAGCCGUGCAGAGUGCGGAAGACACAGAAGAGCGCGAAGCGCCGCUGGCUUUCAGCCUGCUGCGCAAGCCCUGGUUUCAGGGCAUUGCCCGUUACAUCGAUCCUUACUUUCUCGUGGCGCAAGGGUUAAAAGCUUCCCACUUUGAUCCUGAAUUUGUCGACGAUGAGCUGAUCGCCCGAUACUACGAACUGUCCAUGCGCGAAGGCACCCGUGACGCAACGCUGAUAAGAUUUUCUUCCUGGCGCGGCGGCGCGGCGCAGGAGUGGGACCUUGCAAACCUCAACCACCCAACACUUAUACUAUGGGGAGAGUAUGAUGCGGUUAUACCAGCAAGCGUGGGAGAAAAGUUUGAACAGGCGCUGCCCAAUGCAGAACUGAUCAUUUACCCGGAUGUGGGGCACAUACCUAUGGAAGAGGUGCCUGUUCAAAGCGCAGAUGACGUACGGGCUUUCUUAACGAAUAAUCUGCCGCGCACUUAG